AUGGAUGUCUUGGAGCGUAAGGACGAAAGUGUUGAGAAAGCAGGAACCUGGCCCGAUUUAUCAACAGUUGAUCUAUUCCCAAGCCACUAUGACAUAGUGUACAUUCCUGGCCUUGGCGGUAUUCAAGGUAAACAAUGGUGGUGUCGGGGUGAUCAGCGGAAUGAGAUCUCAAUCUCGUUGGAAUGUCCCAUCCAGGUUGUGCCAGGACGUGAUAAGUACUGCAUCCAUAUCAAGAAUUAA